UAAAUGAAGCCAAAUCCAUCUCAUUUCCAAAACGAUCCAACUGAGGCCAAAAUGAGUAUUUUCCUGUUUUUUAUACUAGCUGUCGCAAUUGCGACACCAAAAAAACCAGACCUUAAAAAUAUACAAGACUAUGGCUUUUCCGCAACUUUGUACAAGGAGUUGGGAAAAGAUUGUCACAACUUUGUCAUAAGUCCCUUGUUGGUUGAGACAGCUUUCGCUGCCCUCUAUUUGGGAAGCUCUGGCAAAACAGCUGAAGAAAUACGCACCGUGUUUCACUUACCUCCAAAAACUGGCAUUGAACACAAGUAUAAAACACUCAUCCCGCAGUUAACCAAUCCCGGCUAUACACUAAACAUAGCAAACAGGGUUUCUUUAGCCCAAAAAUACAAAUUUGUACCGACUUGGGAAACGCAAAUCAAGAACAUUUUCGAAGUGUGCGCUGAUCUUUUGGAUAUGACGAAUAAAAACGCAGCUGCGGAAAAAGUCAAUAAAUGGUUUCGAGACAAAACGAACAAUAAAAUCGACAAAAUGGUGUCCGCUGAUGCUUUGACAAGUGAGACAGCUCUUUUGCUUUUGAGCUCGUUGUAUUUCCAAGGCAACUGGGAUCAACAGUUUUCUGUGUCUAGCACACGUAAACAGACGUUCUACAACCAUGGAAAACAGCAAGUCUCAGUGGAUAUGAUGUCUGCAUCAGCUCGGUCCGUUAAUUACGGAAAGAGCGAUCUUUUAAACGCACAAUUCUUGGAAAUACCGCUUGAAAAACGCCACGCUUCGAUGGUUGUAGUUCUUCCAGAUCAACUGGACGGCAUUUACCAACUUGAAACGAAGAUUAGUGAAAUUUUAAAUUUUCGCGACUUUUGUCCCGGGACGGUUAAUAUUUGGCUGCCGAAAUUUCGCAUGGAUAGCACUUUCAACAUUGACAAGAUUCUACAACAAUUGGGCGUGAAAGAUGCCUUUGACGAGACAAAAGCUCAAUUCAGUGGAACUGUGUCAUGUGCCGAUUGUCACUCGCCGUACAUCGGCAAAGUUACCCAAAAAACUUAUCUGCAAAUCAAUGAACGAGGAGUUGAAGCAGCAGCUGGUCAAGUAGUACAUGUUCGUGUUCCGUUGUCUGGUGGGCGCAAGCAAUUUAAAGCCGACCAUCCUUUCCUGUUUUAUAUCAAGAUAAAAGAAGUUGUGGUCUUUAUUGGACGAGUCAGUGCAUUUUAAAAACAGUGUACAAAAUGAGAAAUAAAAUUUGACUAAA